GAGCGCCUCGUGGUUUUAUUCUGAAAGACGGUGGUGUUUUCACCGGAUGCCCCGCUCCGUUUCCGGUGCUCCGUCGGCGGAUGGGUGAGCGCUGAGCAGCAAACAUGGCGGCUCCCAGCAGGAAGCAGGUUUUAAAGUUCAUCAGCCAGUUGGGAGCUUUCAUUCUGACCCGGUUCGGGUUCUGGAACUGCUUCUGCAUGUUGAUGCUGUUUGCGGAGCGGGCGGAUUCCAAGAGGAAGCCAGACAUCCAUGUACCUUACCUGUUUGUGGACAUGGGGGCGGCUGUGCUCUGCGCCAGCUUCAUGUCAUUCGGGGUGAAGAGGAGGUGGUUUGCGAUGGCCGCCGCCGUACAGCUGGUGGUCAGCACGUACGCAUCAUACAUCGGAGAGCAGGUGUACUACGGUGACUGGCUCAAGGUGCGGAUGUAUUCCAGAGCGCUCGCAAUCAUUGGAGGCUUCCUGGUUCUGGCCAGCGGGGCGGGGGAGGUGUACAGACAGAAAGCUCGCAGCAGAUCCUUGCAGUCGACUGGACAGGUUUUCCUGGGAGUCUAUCUCAUCUGCAUGGUGUACUCCCUCCAACACAGCAAAGAGGACAGACAGGCCUAUCUGAACCACAUCGCCGGGGGAGAGAUCACCCUGAUUCUGCUGGAGGUGCUGUUUGGCGUUCUGGCUCUGGCCUUCCUCUCUGGCUGCUACAUCCGUCUGGCUGCUCAGAUCCUCGCCACCGUCCUCCCUCUGGUGAUCCUGCUCAUCGACGGUAACCUCGGCUACUGGCACAACACCCGCAAGGUGGAGUUCUGGAACCAGAUGAAGCUGAUCGGACAUAACGUGGGCAUCUUUGCCACUGCGCUGAUCCUAGCUACUGACGGCUGAACCCCUCCGACUCUCACAGGGAACUUUGGUGAACAGAGAUGCUCUCGUGUGCACCGGACUGGAUUGUUGGACUUUAUUCUUCGUCACCGCCCGACUUUGUCCGGCUCAGUGACCUCUUAGGUUUCAUACGCUCCGAGCUGAGAUGGGUGGAUGUAAACUCAAUGGUUGUCUUUGCCUUCUGGUUUUUAACUUAACCUGCAAGAAAAAGAAAAAUCAAAGCUUCCUUUUUUGCGAUUUCAUUAUUUAUUUGAAUUCAUGUUUACAUUUUGUCUCUAUGCUCUGAAACAUGACACUGAGUAAUGAUACUGAAAAGUCUUAAAAGGUCUGAUAAUGUUUUGAUGUGUAUGUUUAAAUAUUUCACAGGUAAAGGGAAACCGUAAUGAACGCAUGUGGUAUUGAUUAUGAAAUGAUGACAUUUGAUAGAAAACACUAUUGUUGCUUUUAUCCGGGGACAUUAAUGCAUCGAGACUUUAAUUAAAUUUAAUAAGAACA